UCUUGUUUUCCAAUAACCACACCCGGUCGUCCUUCUUCCACUCACAUUUCAGUGUGCAAAUUUACCAACACUCUUCGCCCUAUAUUUUGUCGGUUACUCAUUUUCCGCAACAAAUGGCGAUCUCCGGUAGCUUUCGGAGAUCUCGCACCACCAUUCCCGAACGGAACAACAGAUUCAACGCUCCACCACCACGACCGCCGCUUACAGUCUCCGUCGUUACAUUCCGGCGGUUCGCAUCCACUCUCUCCGUUGCUGCCGUCAUCAUCUUCACACUCUCCUUCCUGUUCACUUCAUCAUCUGAAACAAAUGAAGGUUUUUCAUUCAGUAUGAACGUAGCUAGAUCGUCACGUAGGUCUAUACUUGCUUUGAAAUCCGAUCCGUUAAGACCUAGAUUUGAUCAGAUCCGGAAGCAAGCAGACGAUCACAGAUCGCUUGCUUUAGCUUAUGCUGCUUACGCGCGUAAAUUGAAGCUCGAGAACUCGAAACUCGUUAGGAUUUUCGCUGAUCUGUCACGAAAUUACACAGAUCUGUUGUCAAAACCUAGUUACAAAGCGUUAUCUGAAUCUGAUGCAAGUUUAAUUGACGAACCAACGCUGCGGUUGUUUGAGAAGGAGGUUAAGGAGCGGAUUAAGGUGACUAGACAAGUGAUUGCUGAAGCGAAAGAGUCGUUUGAUAAUCAGCUUAAGAUUCAGAAGCUGAAGGAUUCGAUUUUCUCGGUUAAUGAACAGUUAACUAAAGCGAAGAAGCAAGGUGCGUUUUCGAGUUUAAUUGCUGCGAAAUCGAUACCGAAAAGCUUGCAUUGCCUUACGAUGAGGUUGAUGGAAGAGAGGAUUGCGCAUCCGGAUAAGUAUUCGGAUGAAGGAAAGCCGCGUCCGGUUGAGUUUGAUGAUCCGAAGCUUUAUCACUACGCUAUAUUUUCAGAUAAUGUGAUAGCUGCUUCUGUUGUGGUCAAUUCAGCUGUUAAGAACACGAAGGAGCCGUGGAAGCAUGUUUUUCAUGUUGUGACGGAUAAGAUGAAUCUAGGAGCAAUGCAAGUUAUGUUCAAGAUGAAAGAAUAUAACGGUGCGCAUAUUGAAAUUAAAGCGGUUGAGGAUUAUAAGUUUUUGAACUCCUCGUAUGUUCCGGUGUUGCGACAGCUUGAAUCUGCAAAUUUGCAAAGGUUUUACUUUGAGAACAAGCUUGAGAAUGCGACAAAGGAUACAACCAAUAUGAAGUUUAGGAACCCUAAGUAUCUGUCCAUAUUGAAUCAUCUGAGGUUCUACUUGCCGGAGAUGUACCCAACGCUGCACAGGGUUCUGUUUUUGGACGAUGACAUCAUCGUUCAGAAGGAUUUGACUGGCCUUUGGAAGAUAGACAUGGAUGGGAAGGUGAAUGGAGCUGUCGAGACGUGUUUUGGAUCGUUCCAUCGGUAUUCACAAUACAUGAACUUUUCUCACCCUCUAAUUAAGGAAAAGUUUAACCCCAAAGCCUGUGCUUGGGCUUAUGGGAUGAACUUCUUCGAUUUGGAUGCUUGGAGGAGGGAAAAGUGUACUGAGGAGUAUCAUUACUGGCAAAAUCUGAAUGAAAACAGGACUUUAUGGAAAUUGGGGACAUUACCGCCUGGUCUGAUCACAUUUUACUCCACAACGAAACCUUUAGAGAAAUCUUGGCAUGUUCUAGGGCUCGGGUAUAAUCCAAGCAUAAGCAUGGAAGAGAUCCAUAAUGCUGCAGUUGUUCAUUUUAAUGGAAACAUGAAACCAUGGCUGGACAUUGCAAUGAACCAGUUUCGCCCACUUUGGACCAAGUAUGUUGACUACGAUAUGGAGUUCGUUCAAGCCUGCAAUUUUGGUCGUUGAGUUUAUGAUGCAAUGGCGAUUUUACCCCUACCAGCUACCACUCAACAAUGUUAGUCCCUGCUUGGAGGUUCUUCCAAUACGAAGUAUGCUAUCAUCCGUUUCCCAUAUAAGUUUUGAAAUGUUGAUAAUUCCAUAGUUAAUUUAUCUUGUUAUUUUUUUAACUAAUAACAUUGGAACAAUAUAUACCCUGUUAUUUUUUCAAUUAAAUAUAUUAUCAUCUAUAUUACAUUGUU